AUGUGUAUGGAUGAAAUAUUAUUAUGUGUUUAUAAAGCACAACUUGACAGUGAUCAGACUCGUCUUCUCUUUAAUCCUCCUUGUCAACUACACGUGCAAAUGAUUCAACUCAUUUCACCCAAUCCCAAUAAUGUUGAUUCCAUAGAUAUUCCAAAAUCCCAAAACGCUUUUCUCUUAUACCGCAAAAAUUAUGCUGCAAAACAUAAAUCUCUUGAGAGUAAAAAGGAUUGGAAAACUCUCUCAAAGGAAGCUGGAAAUUCCUGGAAGAAUGAAUCGGACGAAGUAAAACUCUACAUCUUUAUAACUGCUACAGAAUUUUCUCAUAUAAGAUCAAAAGUCAUAUAUAUUCCAGCGGGAAGUAAAGCAUUGAACGCGCUUUUGGAGGAAUUUGGUGAAUUCAGAACACUUUAUGCGUUGCAGCAUAACUUCCACUCAACAUGGGGGAAGGUUAAUAUUUCUCCAAAAUCAGCACUUGAAAAUAUUCUUUUUGCGCAUGUGUAUACUUUAGAACAUCAGAAGAAAUUAAUUAUUGAACUUGCAAGGUUUGCCGAAGAAAGAUGUGCUUAUAGGCUAUUGCAAGUAAUUAAUUGUAUAAUUGCAUUGUUUCGAACUGAUUAUGCUGGUCGCAAAAAGGCAACAAACAAAGUUUGA